AGAAAUCAGUGUACGGUCCAGGGAAGCCGCAUUGUGUAGAUGGUAGCCUACUUAGUUACCUAAUAGAUUUACAUUGUUGAAAACACGGCACUGUACAUCUUCAGAGCUGUAUGAACUAUAAAUAAGAUAAGCAAGAAACACUAUUUCUAUUUUGAUAGAUCAUCAGUGAUUAUUGAAUAAUGCCUUUGAGGACCGGACUUUUUCUUCUAAUGGUGCUGAUUGCAUCUGCAUAUGAACUGGAUCAGAACGAGUCGUAUUCACCCAGAAGAGCCCGCUUUUCAGCAAAUACCCCUUCUGACGUGGCACGCUGUCUGAACAGUGCCCUCCAAGUAGGCUGUGGAGCUUUCGCCUGUCUGGAGAACUCCACGUGUGACACAGAUGGCAUGCACGACAUCUGCAAGUCCUUUCUGUACAGUGCAGCUAAAUUUGACACUCAGGGCAAAGCCUUUGUGAAAGAGAGCCUCAAGUGCAUUGCCAAUGGCAUCACCUCAAAGGUGUUCCCCACCAUCCGCCGCUGCUCCACCUUCCAAAGAAUGAUCUCAGAGGUUCAGGAGGAGUGCUACAGCAAGCUGGAUAUCUGCACUAUCGCCCGCAUCAACCCAGAUGCCAUUGGAGAGGUGGCACAGCUCCCAAGCCACUUCCCCAACAGGUUUUACGGUAAGCUCCUCCAGAGCCUGAUGGACUGUGAUGAGGAGACUGUGGAUCUGGUGAGGGCCAGUAUGGUGUCCAGGCUUGGCCCAGAGAUGACAAUUCUCUUCCAGCUGCUGCAGAACAAGCCCUGCCCCUCGGCUGCUGCUGCUAUUGUUGCUGCCGUUCCAACUGGAGUGGAGGGCCGUGGGAGCUUGCAGUGGUCCAUGGGUCCACACAUGUAUAAGAUCCAGCCUGGUCUACGCAACAGAGACUCUGCCAGCCAUUUAGGCAAGAAGCGUGCCACUGGUGACAGCUCCUAACUCCCACUCAGAUUCAGAAACUACACACACCCCUCAAAAACAUAAACAAGCUAACAGUGGUCUCUUCACUUGAGUAUUUAAGAAUCAUUCCUCUCCAGACUGGAAAAUAACAUGCACCUCUAAGAGAAUAGCCAAUGUGUUUCAAGUAUGUUUAACAUCAAAGUUUGAGUUGUUGUGUGAGAUACAUUGUACCUUAGGUUAGAGAGGAUCCCCUCCCCUAAACUAUUUCCUAACUCUUAUCACUCACACUGUUUGUUCAUUGAACAUGUUGUUAUUGUAGCACCACAACUUGGCCCUGUUCAUUCCUGUUCACUUCCCAUACUUGAUAUCCUAUCAUCUGAGAGCCAAGUAUCCUCUGAGAGCCUAGUGAGGAUGAUGUCCCUCUAAGUUUUCUAUCUAGGAUUUCAAGCAUAAACCUGCAGGUAUGGUUCAUAUCUAUAGAGCACAAGUGUUCCCAAAUAAUUUUGGUUGCAAUAUUCAAAUGUGCAUCCAUUAGUAGAAUAUCAAUUGAUAAGGCAACAAUAUCUUCAUCAAUAGAUCAUUAUUAAUAGAUGUUUCAUACAGUUUAUGUGAGAUAUUUCUAUAUUAUGAUGAGAUUAGUCAAAUGAGUGUGCUAUAUAAAUCAGUGUCACAUAGUCACUGACACAAACAGGAUUUAUUUAUUUAUUAAUUAUUAGUCUCAGAUGGCCACAGCUAGCUCUGGGAGAGAGGCGUGUCCCUCAGAUGAGAGCAAUCCUAAUCAACUUUGCGCAGGAAGCUACUUUAGACUGACCAAAUAACUUGAAACCACCCAAAAUGUUAUUCAAAGCAGACUUAAAUGUGGUGGAAGGUGUUUAGCUAACGCCUAUACCAGAGAAUAUAGCAUUGUUUAGAUACAACUACAUAUGUUCUGUCCUGUGACACUCAGUUCACAAUAAGUAUGGACCAGCAGUGUAACUUAUGAGUAGGUGACCCCCUGAGAUUGAUAGAGGUCACCCCCUUGGACUGAUGAACAACAUUCUCCCUGAUGAAUAUGACAUGGAGGGGUUGGAUCAUACACACUGACUUCCAAUGUUGAUAAUGACUAUUUAAAAGCCUUGUUGGUAUAAUAUUGAUAUUUAUUUUCCUACUAUAUUAUUUAAGUUGUUAUUUUAUGAUGUUGCUGUAGUUUUAGUUACAGAUAUACAAUUUUAAAGUGCAGUUUGGUCAUGGCUCCUAUUUCAAUGGGGGCUCAUGAUCAAAUACUAUAGUAUCUGCCACUCUCCACACUUUCCUCUCUGUUGACUGAAUAGGACCCAUGGUAUGACUCUGUGCUGGACAUAGGGGAACAACAUUGUCACUUAUGUACUGUUGCAAGGGGACUUUGUGUUUAUUUUCCAAACCCAGUUAAUAAUGUUAUAAAGGUAGAGAGAAAUUGUGGUCAAGCCAUUCAUUGUACAUUUAACAAACAGAUAAACUUGAAGACGGAACUGCAAAGCAUUUGGUGAAUCUAUUCUUAACAUCAUGCAAAAGAAUGUAUCUCUCAGAAAGGUUACCCUAGUGACAUAACUUCAUAAGUGCUUCAAUAGAGGGAGAUUAAUUCAUAAGACUUUGAGCAGUGUAUUCUCACAGUGCACAUGCCUGGCUGAGGGAGACGUACAAUAGGGGAAAAGAACGUUAAAGAGAUGUGAUGGUUUUACAAUACAAAAUCAUUUGAAAUGUUAAGAACUCACAAACCUAUGCAAUAAUCUCUCAUAUGGAGGAUUCACAGUGACACACAAACAUGCCCUUUGUCACAAACAAAGCCAGCUGAUACUGAAUAUAUGUGGCAGCAGCUUAUUUGCUCACAUACUUAUAGUGAAGUAGCAGGCAAUGCAAUGUGCCCCUGGACUCCCCCUUUCUGUUGCUGAGUUUGUUGCUGUGGUCUCUGUUGUAUUGUUUUUUGUUUAGUAUUUUUCUUGGGAUAUAAUAUCUUGCUUUUAGUAGCAAUAUAGUGUAUAUUCAAAAUAAAAAGUAAGGGAAAAAAUCCCUCAGAAAUGGUAAGACUGUAUUACUUAUGUUACAUGCGCACUUUGCAUCUCUUAUGACCACUAAAGGGCCACUGAAUCGUUCAACACUUGUGAUGGGUUGGGGCUACGUCCUUUCUGUACUGUUAAUAUCUCUGUGUCUGUAAUAGCUGGACAAAUCCAGAACAGUUGCUGCUAAAGAAUAGCUUGCUCCCUUGUAUGAUGGAUUUUAAUUUUCCCCUAAAACAUUUACUUGGAUAUCUUUGGUAAAAACCCAUUCACAGAACCUGGCAUCAAUCUGUAUAAUUGCAUUUGACCAUUUACAUUCAGUUUGGCACUUCUUCUGGAAUUUGUACAUUUCUUUGAAUGUUGCUUGCAGUGAAUAUAUGCCAAUGGUAUUCUGUUUAUUUCCUCUCCCUUGAGACUAUGCUUAUACAUCCAAGUUCUGGGUAACUUCAGAGAAUGUAUCUUAUAUUGAAUGUCUGUUCUGAUGAGGAUGUGCCCAAACCUAGAUGGUUCAUUAUCAUAUUUUAGAAUGUGUGUUUCAUUUAAAGGUGGUGUAUGAAAGUCUGAGAAUUAAAUUAAAUGAACAGACUUACAAGUCA